GCGACGCGCCAGCGUCGGAGGCAGUGGUUGAAUAAGAGGUCCAGCGGGAGGGGGGUAGCCCGUGUCGUCGCGACCGGAGCUCCGAGGAUGGAGGUUGUCGGCGAAGAGGAGUCCGGCCUCGGGGCCGAGCAUCCCGGCCAGCAGCACGCGGUCAUCUGCCCGGGACAGUUGCACAAUGUGCACUACCCUGGAUACUCGAAACACGAUCCAAGCAAUGGUGGGGUGAGACUAGGCUCCAGGAGCAAUGGCUACGACAGCAACGAAAGGAGAAUGGUCGACAUUACCAGAGACAAGCCAAUCAAAGUGGCUGUCAGGGUGCAAGUUCCCGUACGCGAUCAUCCAAAGUUUAAUUUCGUCGGCAAACUCCUAGGGCCAAAAGGAAAUUCGUUAAAACGAUUGCAGGAAGAUACAAUGUGCAAAAUGGCUGUGCUCGGUCGAGGUUCCAUGAAAGACAGGCAAAAGGAGGAGGAAUUAAGGGUGAGCGGGGACCCAAAGUUCUCGCAUUUGAUGGAGGAUCUGCACGUCGAGAUAUCCGCUUACGCGACGCCAGCGGAGGCCCACGCCAGGAUCGCUUACGCUCUCGCCGAAGUGCGACGAUUUCUCGUUCCCGACUACAACGACGACAUCCGCCAGGAGCAGAUGUGGGAGAUGCAAAUUCUGAACACGCAAGGCCGAGACGUGGGCCAGCAGCAACCCCUUCAGCCGGGAGUCGAAGCACCACUCAGUCCAGCAUCCAGCCUUGAGGCGGCAAGUUCGCCUACUGCAGCCACGACUGCUAACUCGAUCAGCGAUGGACAGGAAGAUGGUAUCAUUAUGAGACCGACGCCCUCGCCACCACAUGGCGCCAGUCUUAAAGCUCAACCUGGUGGCACGGGAAUGCAGACUGCCACGGCGUCGACAAGUGGCCGAAAACGACCUCUACUUCCAGGCGGCCGGCUAGCCAUGUCCCCGACCAAGCGCACAGUGAUGUCCCUGCUGGCGCGCGCCCGAGCCGCCCAGAAUAAGGAACCAGCAUCCCUGCAAGCCCCGGCGACGGUAUCACUCGUCGGCGCCCCCCCACCACCGCCCAGCCACCAGGUCCAAGCAGCCGCGGUGGCGGCAGCGGCAGCCGCUGCGGCCGCGUCUCCGCUCAUCCAGGCGACGCUACAGCUACCCCACAGCGCGGCCCCGGCACCCCAACCCCAGCCCACCGCCGUGGCCACGACCCAGCAGCAGGUGACGCAGCUCCAGCAGCAACUCGCCGCGGCCGCCCAGACGAUACCUCAGCGCCAACCCCUCAUGCAGUCGCACACGCAGCACACGGUCUUGGCGCCAGCGAUUCAUGGACUCUUGCACGCCCAUUUCAGGAGAGCUGCCGCCGGGGCCACGGUCCUGCCGAUCCUGCGCGAGGACUUCAUGGCCGGGGUCAACCAGCACCAAGUCCAAAACGUCCACAUCGCGUGAAUCAUCGACCCGAGCGUCCACUGAGCCGUUGCCGCAGCCGCUACAGCCGCCUUCUGAGACGUCACGCGUUGUACCACUGCAGUAUACAUCACCGCGCAUAAUACCCGAGCCGUAUGCGAUCAAACUUCUCUCCUGUACACGUGCAUUUCGUGGUACAGCUGCUGUUGACGCUACGGUUGCGCUCACCGCGUCCUAGGGCGACGUAUAGCGUCGUUGCAUCUCUGCAAUUGCUGUUGCAUGCACACAACGAAGAUGAAGAGGAAGGAGGUGGGCGCGCUUACCUACACCGCAGAGGGCACCCAUUGAUCGUGCAAAUCUCUCGGAGAAUCGUGCUUCUCGUCCUCCCUUCUGUCACUUUUGCGGGGCGCGAUGUACAGCCCACUCGCGUGCGUCGAACUAGUGUAUACACACCUGCGUACACGCUCUUCUUUUGUUCCGUGUGUAUACGUACGACAUAAUACA